GCCUGACAUGGGGUGCACCUCAGUUUCCCCAACUGCAGGACGGGGCCACCUCCGGCCAGGCCGUGGGUGUGGAGCUGGAGGCCUAGCUGCUGGCUCCCAGGCUCCCGGGGGACUCGGUGUGUCGCCAUCGACACCAGACGCCUCCUUGGCCCGGCCAGGUCCGGCGACACCCGAUCCUGCGCUCACUGUCCGCACACCCCCUGGGCCAGCGCCCCGCGCGGGGCACUGGGAUUCGGGGCCAGUGCGCUUUGGGCUGGGCACAGUGCAGGCAGGAAGCGCCCGCCGCAGGGGACAGGAGCUCAUCACAGCUGGGCCUCGCCAUGGGGACCCAGGGCUCUGAGUCCCCCAGCCGGCCCCCUGCGGGGUCCCUGGGCCGGCGCCCCACCGAUUGCCACAUCCCUGAGACUGGCCUGAGGAAAUCCUGCGGGGCGGCCACGUUGGAGAGCGGAUCCAGGUCCGGCCCGCAAGUCCCUCCACCUCCGACAGAUUCCAUCAAGCCGGACCCCACCAAAGGCGCCGCGGUGACCUGCCCGCUUCUCCGGAGCUCCAGCAUCGUCUCCGAGGAAACCACCCCUGGGCCCAUCUACUUUCUGGACCCGAAAGUCACCCGUUUUGGCCGCAGCUGUCCCCCUGCCUACUCCAUACAAGGCAGGGGCAAGUCUCGGGGUCUGGAGGUGACACCAGGGCCGGGGGCCUACAGCCCAGAGAAGGUGGCCCCCCCGCGCCAGCGGACGCCCCCAGCCUUCACUCUGGGCUCUCGCCUGCGCCCGCAGCCGCUGGACACGUCAGCGCCGGCCCCCAACACUUACACGCUGCCCUCGCUCUGGGGUGCCCACAUCUUCGUCAAACCCAGUAGCCCCUGCUACACCGCUGCUGGCCGGCCACCCCCGCUGCGCCCCGCGCAGGACCCCGCUGAUAUCCCGGGGCCUGGCCAGUACGAAAGCCCCAACCCGGAUGCCUACCGCCAGCGCCUGCCGGCCUUCACCAUGCCAGGGCGAGCUCGGGCCCUGCGGCCCCUGAUGGAGACACCGGGCCCCGGGACCCACAGCCCCGAGCACGUGACGGUCACAAAAGCCAGGGCCCCCGCCUUCACCAUGGGCAUCCGCCACUCCAAACGUGCCACCACCAUGGGCACCGAUGCUUGCAGUCUGAGGGGCAUCUCUGCUUUGCGGCCUCGAGAAAUGGGGUGCAAAGCUCUGGUGGGUCUGGUGUGACCAGGGGGCAGAGAGGGGUGGGCUGCAAAGGGCAAAGGGCAGGGCCCCCCACCCCCAUUGCA